UCCUACUUGUAUUAAAGUAGACGAGCACUGGCGGCUUGUCACAGCGGACAGACCCAUCUUCGACACUGUGAAGUGCUGCCUAACCACACAACGUUCAUGGAUUACGCAGAGCAGCUCGCUGACGGGAGCAAGGCCGUGGCAUUGAGCGGUGCCGGUUCGGGCAGGCUCCCCGUGCCCGCUUGCGAGGAGAAGGGAGUCUGGUUGAACGGACUUUCGGAGUCGCCGCAGUGGACUGCGCAGCCAAGAGCGGCAACUCAGUGGAAGGAGGAACGGACUCGCAGCACCGAGGAUAAUCAGAUGAACUUGCCGAGCCUGCAAGCUGCGUACUCGGCUAUCCUGAGAGGGCUCGGCGAGGAUCCCGGGAGACAGGGGCUCUUGCGGACGCCGUGGCGAGCCGCCACUGCCAUGCAAUUCUUCACCAAGGGUUACCAAGAGAAAAUUUCAGAUGUUUUGAAUGAUGCCAUAUUUGACGAGGACCAUGAUGAGAUGGUAAUAGUGAAGGACAUUGACAUGUUUUCAAUGUGUGAACAUCAUUUAGUUCCAUUUAUUGGAAAGGUACAUAUAGGUUAUCUACCUGAGAGGCGGCUCCUUGGUCUUAGCAAGCUAGCCAGAAUUGUUGAGAUUUACAGUAGGAGACUUCAGGUCCAAGAGCGUCUCACUAAACAGAUUGCUGUUGCAAUCACAGAAGCUUUACAGCCUGCAGGAGUUGGAGUUGUAAUCGAAGCCACGCACAUGUGCAUGGUUAUGAGGGGAGUACAAAAGAUGAACAGUAAAACAGUAACCAGCACUAUGUUGGGUGUGUUUCGGGAAGACCCAAAGACCCGAGAAGAGUUUCUGACACUUAUCAGGAAUUGAAAAUCUUGUCCUUGAUGGAACCUCAUUGGAUGGUCAAGAUCCUUAUAGACAUUCAGAAGAUGUUUUAUAUUGUAAGAGGAAGAGAUGUUGGAUUUAGAUUUUCUUUUAAGUCAUACAAGUUAAAAACUAAAUUUGGACUGUAUACUUGUAUCAAAGUUUCAAAUGGACAAUAUUUUAGUUUUAUAACUAUGAUUUUCGAUAAAACAGCAUAGCAUCUGAUGCAGUUAAACAGUGAUUUGUAAUAGCUGCAGAUCUAUAAAGUUUGAUAAUUACAUAAAAUAUUUUCUCCUUCCCUAUCUGUUGUAAUGAUCACAUAGAUAUACUAAAUAUUAAGUCUGUUCUACAUCAGUCAAAUGAUAUUUUUCCCAACACGGUUUGGGUACUUUUAUUUCCCAUGUCAAUAUUUGUUAAUGAUUCUCAUGGCUUAGAGUUGAUGCAGUGGGAGAAUUUGCUCUGGUGAUGAGCAUAGGUCUUCACUUCCCAGACCACUACACCCCAUACUGUUCUGUUCUUUCUUUGAGAUUUUUUUUCAUCUCUCUAACCAUUGAAAUAAGCACCAGAGUUUACGUAACCAGUAAUGUGGAUCAAUCACCACAUUUGGCCUGUUAAUUCCAGAAUGUAUCCCAGAUUUCUUUUCUUUAAAAUUUUUAGCUGGAAUGCCUCUACUACAGCUACAACUCUAGUUGGUUCUGAAUGGUAAGCAAAAUGUGGACAGAACCAAUGCAUUUUAAUUAUUUCAUCCUAGCACCCUUUGCUUCAAUCUCACAAUUGUAAGUAUUUUUCAAAUUAUUAUUUCAAAACUUUUCAGCCCAAAUUCUUCUGAACAUUAAAAGUCCUAGGGAAUAGCUGUGUCUCCUUUGUCACCGUGACUAAAAGUGGAACUGAUACUUAUGGCAAGGUCUGACCAUGCCUGCAAAAUGUCCAUGGUAUAAAUAUUUUGGUAAUAAAUUUCAAGUUUGAACUUUAAAUUUUGCUAAUAUAAUUCAAUAAUGUAUUGCAUUUCCAUAGAUAUUCUAACUUGAAAAUGGCCUAGUCCUGUUUUCUUUUAGAGGUCCAAAAAUAUAUUGAUAACUCUCUUGAAAUUAUUCACAACCCUCUGGAAUACAGGAUUUUCGAAGUACAAGCUGUGAAGAAAUUUCUCAAUUGCAUUCCUAAAUGCCUGAGCAUUUAAAGGGAGACUCUGCUUUUAGAUACAAGCUCUCCAGUGAGGGUAAGCAGCCUCUCACUAUCAACUCUGUUAAAAUCUCUUGAACUUUUAUAAAUGAAUGAGCUUGAUUCUUAUUCUACUCACCUCCUCUGAGUAUUGUGCAAAACACGUGUGCUCAGGAUCUACCUUCUCAUCCCAGGAACUGAACUUCUUUCCAAUAUACUGUAUCAAAUGCAAGCACAUCGUUCCAAGAGUAGAGACCAAAACGCCACUGCAGAUGUAUUUUUUCCAAAGCCCUAUCAAAUUUUUACCAAAUUCCUUCAACUACAACAUCUUUAAUUACACCCUUUCAAUAAGGUCCAUCACUCAAUUAGCCUUAAUCAUUCCUACCUGCCCCUGAGCAUAAAGGAUGCAUCACAUUAAUAGAAUAACAAGGAAUGGAUGUUAUGUCCUCACUGAGAGUCCCUAAUAUCAUUUGGUCAAUUAGAGGGAUAGUGGGUGACAGAAGAGAGAAUAUUUUCUCUGUGAGAAGGAAAAUAAAUAACAAAUUACAGUAGAUUUGGAAAAGAUCAAGAAAUUGUGUGAAAAAAAAUAACAUGUUAAUAACAUUAACAGAUUUAUCUGAAAUGAGAAUACAGACUGCCAUAUCUUCCAAUAGGAAUAUAGAUGACCAAAUUUGAGACAUUUGUCAUUGGUAAAUGGUUGAGCUUUUAGUGUAAGAAGACAAGUAAGAAACCCUUUUGAUGUAAGGACCAACCAGGUUCCUGUUUACAGAUAAUUCUUAUAAACUAUUCUGUUUUUACAGUGUUUAAAUGUGUAUCUAUUCAUUAAAGUUCCAACACAACAGAUGCAACCUUGCAAAGUGGGGAUUUGAAAUCACAAGUAAUAGAUGUUAAAAAAGCAUAAUGAAGUUGCAUAGAAUUAUUUUGAUGCUUAGGUUUAAUGGUAUUGUUAAAUUCUUUAAUGAUUCUAAGUUAAUGUCUCUGAAAAACCAGGUAAAUAAAUUUGUAGAAGGGUGUUAAGCAGUUGUAUAUAGUAUGAUUUAAAAAUGCACAUAUAUCAGUAAUGAUCUUAACUAUUUAUAGAACAGUGAAGGAAAAUUUAUGUCAAAGUAUCAAUAUAUCGUCAGUGAGCAAUUUAUUAAUGAAAUACAGAACUAGUUACUUGCAAGUUAACUUGAUAAUCAUAAUUUUUUAAAAAAUGAACACUUCUUGAGCAUCGCCUAAUUUCUAGUUUUGAGAGUGCAAUACUAUGUUUAAGUAUGUAGCAGUAUGUCAUUUGAUGAUUAGCAAAAAAGAAUAGAUCCAAUUCAUUAUCCAGUUAAGAAUAAGCAUUGGGAAUUUAGAAACUAACUAAUAUGCAUAUAUUUAUGUAAAUGAAUGUCUAAAAUGGGUUGUGACUUUAACAGAUCCUGUUGUGUUUACCAGGAGACUAAUUCCACUUAUUUUCUUACUCUUCUUGUUAAAUUUCAAGGUUGAAGGUUGGAUUUAGGAUUUCAUUUACAUAAGUAGUUGAGCAGGUAUUUUAUUUGUAAUAAACAGAAUGUAAAUGUAGAUUUGCUGUAUAUUUCAUUUAUGUUAGGAACCAGUUGGAAUUUGGUUUGGUUGUCCAUGAUGUGAUGUGCCAUUGACCAAGAUGACAUUGUUUACACAAGCACUGUCUAAUCACUACUGUAUGAUUUGUUCUAAAUUGCACUUAAAUGCCACAGACUUAGUGACAGAAUUAUUCUCUUUGUAAUAUGGAUGCAUAUAUCUUUGAUGCCUGUAUUCCCAAAGAUGACUACUUUCACAUUCUCAUUCUAUGAUGUUGCAAAACUUGUCCUCAAGUGAAUGAACUGCUGAAAUGUUAUUGUGCAAUUUUGUAUAUUGAAAAUUGAAUGUCAUUAAUUGACCUGUUUUGUCAUAUAAAAAACACAGACAUCCAGAAUGGUACUCAAAUUUACCAUGAACUCAUUCAAAUAUGUAAAAAUCCAGACUCACUGUAUGUUGUUCCGAGUAUCCUUGUUGGGUGUACUAACCUAGUGUUUGUUCACAGAAAAAAGUGGCCUUGGACUCUGUAGUAUCUUCAGAAGCAAACAGAUUUGUUUGUUUUAAUCUUGCUUUUUGUACUUGUUUUGUCUUUUAUUGAAAUGUAUUUGUGGUUUUAAUGCACAUUCAGCACUGUGAUGGUUGCGUCUAAUUAAUAUAUUGUACAUUAGCUUUUAUUUGUUAAUUUAUGUCCAUUAAAUUAUACUUUAAAACUUUAA